GCGGGGCCUAGCCUGAGGAGAGGUGGACGGCGGGCGGAGCCGGCAUUGCCUCAGCGGCGCGGGCGAGUUGGUGUCGUGGCCGAGGCUGGGCUCGGAGCCGUUUCUCUCAGUCCCGCUCGGAGGAGCUCCCGCCGUCUCCUGGCCGCCGGCCGUUCUUUCCUCCACGCGUCGGGCCCGGUCCGUGACUGGAAAGGCCUAAGUCUCCUCAGGCGCCUGAGGAGAAGGCCUGAGGCGGCGCAGUCCGUCCUCCUCCUCUUCUUCCUCCCCUCCCCCCCCCCGAGAGUCAACCGGGGAGACCCGGCGGCGGCUCCUUCUCUCCUCCCGCUCCUCCUCCUCCUCCUCCUCCGGCAGCGGUAUCGCUACCACCACCACCACAAUCCUCCUCAGCAUGUCGGCGGGCGGGGAUUUCGGCAACCCGCUGCGGAAAUUCAAGCUGGUCUUCCUCGGCGAGCAAAGCGUUGGGAAGACUUCCUUGAUCACCAGAUUCAUGUAUGACAGCUUUGACAACACCUACCAGGCAACAAUCGGCAUUGACUUCUUAUCGAAAACCAUGUACCUGGAAGACCGCACAAUCAGGUUGCAGCUCUGGGAUACUGCGGGCCAGGAACGUUUCCGUAGCCUCAUUCCCAGUUACAUCCGCGACUCUGCCGCCGCUGUAGUAGUAUACGAUAUUACAAAUGUAAACUCAUUCCAGCAAACCACAAAAUGGAUCGAUGAUGUCAGAACGGAACGGGGUAGUGAUGUGAUCAUCAUGCUUGUAGGAAACAAAACAGAUCUAGCAGACAAGAGACAAGUAUCUAUUGAAGAAGGAGAAAGGAAAGCCAAAGAGCUGAAUGUGAUGUUCAUCGAAACUAGCGCAAAGGCCGGAUACAACGUAAAACAACUUUUCCGACGUGUGGCUGCUGCUUUGCCUGGCAUGGAGAGCACGCAGGAGAAAAGCAGAGAAGAUAUGAUCGACAUCAAACUUGAAAAGCCUCAAGAGCAGCCAGUCAGUGAAGGAGGCUGCUCCUGCUAAUAGUGUGUUGGGGUUUUUUGGUUUUUUUUGUGUUUUGUUUUCCUUCCUUCCUUCCUCAAAACCAUCACUGGCUUCUCCUGCCCCCCUUCCUUCCCUCCUUCCCCGCUCCUUCCUUCCCUCUCUUCAGCCUCCCUGUGACAAUUGCCUUGCCUCCUCCUUCCCCAUACCACCUCCACCACUUGACCCCAGCACGGAUCCUCAUCUGCUGCCUGUCUCGUGAAGAUGAUCUGUUAGCUUCACAAGCACAAAAAGAAAACAAAACAAAAGUCGGUGUCUUCAUUGCAUAGAGAAGGAAAAGGGUCGCAAGAGCCCAAACCACCCCUACCGUGUUCCCGUAGUUCUAGGAAGUUGAGUACAGCUUUGUUGAGGUCUGUUCCUUUUCUUUUUUUUCCCCCCUUUCUUUUCUUUUAUAAAGAAAAUUAAAACAUUGCACUUGUCAAAUGGAUGGAAAGUGGGGAGGUGGGGGGGGGCAAUGAGGAUGGCACCUGGUUUUGCCGUCGCAAGGGACGCGUGUCACAGGGUGGAAGAUGCCGUUGCAGGCCACAGAGCGUUGACAGAAGAGCAAAACCUAAGAGAGACUGCGCGGCCUUUUCAGUCCAGCAAGCGAAACUCAAAAGGUGGCCUGUUAAAUCCUGCUUUCAAUUGUGUUGUUUGCUACUUUUAUAGCGCAGACAAACCGUCUUUCAGCAUCGGCUGGUGAGAUGCUUUUUUUUUUCUUCUUCUUAAGGUGCACGGUUCCAGAUCGCCUGUGUGGCACCCACCGAAGGGCUUAGAAAAACCUCUUGAGAAGCCCCACAGUUAAACUGGGUCGCAGUGCAGUCUCUGGCUGGUUUUUGCGUUUCUGGGCACGUUUUCAGAA